AUGGUCUACACUAGGAAAAGAACCGUACCUUACCCGGCACCCCGGCCUGUCUUAUUCAAAAACCUCCAAUCACUCUCUUGUCAGAGGUCACAACCGACGAUAAAUCCCAGCGGCAGAGCCCGUUGGUCGGGAGGGGCUUUCAGGGCCCCCUGGUAUGCCUUCCAAUUCCUGGGUCCUUGUGGGCCUACGAAGCCAACGAAUCGUAAUAAAGCUAGAGAAUCUGAUGCUGAGCAGAUCUGUCUUUUGACAUGUUUUGCGGGACACCCCAGUCUCAUCUCUGUGUCACCAUCCAUUCUGCGUCUUCCAACGAUCGAUCGGUGGCACGGCAUAGUCCACGAGUCUCGAAAUAUUAUUUCAAAGACGUGGCGGCGUUCUUCAUCGGACGUGCCAAGUCACUGUGCUCCUGACAGCAAAAAGCAAUAUGUCUAUCCACAACACCAUAUGUACCAUGCUAAUGUCGCCCCUUGCCGCCACGGCUCAGGAUCGAAGGCUGCUAAAGCUCAACCGAUUGGGUAUCCUUCACGACAACGCCGUCGCUUAUCUCGCGUUUGCCAAGUUGCCGUCCAUCACCAUGACCUGCAUACCGUAUCCACUGUUUCUAUUGAAUGCCAGCCUCCCAAAGGCUGCAAAUAUUUCAUCAACGACCACCCGGACAAAUACAAUGACGGCCGGACUUUGUCAAAUACAAGAACCGCUUUCCUCCAACGUGGCCAGACAUGUUUCAUAGGCCAAAUUGCCUGUCUGGACAGGCUACAGGGCGAGAGGUACAACCCCUUAUGCACGAGCUGCAAGCCGCUACUUAUUGCAACUUUGUCAAACUGCUACACAAGGAAAAGCGGUGACGGUGAUGCUUCUGUUCAAAACCUCCGAGUUGUGUAUUGA